AUGGACAUUUCAACAGCAAUGCUCAACUUCAAGCCCGAUGCCUCCAUGGGUGGCCUCAUUCUCGGUUUGAACAGCCAAUUAAGUGCGCAGCAGCUUGCACGGCUACUACUCGCAGAUCCACUCAGUGUUGAGGAGCAGUGGGAGAAGGAACUGGUGAAAUCAGGCGACAGCAGCGAGAGAGCGGUAUUGCUAAAAUACGGCGACGAUGCCGAUGCACAUGCGCCUUCGCCCCUCUACAAGGUCCUCUCCAUACCCUCACGAACCCUUCAAUCGCACAACCUAGAGGUCCUCGUCUCUACCAUCAACGUCAAUGUCGCAAAGUCUCUACCCCAUAUGGUAACAGAGAGCUCCACCGAAUCGUUGCUGGUUCCCAAGCUCCAGGCCACUUCCGCACGAGGAUUGCCCGUCCCAUACCCGGUACACAAGACUCUAGUAUUAGGAGAAGGUCUGGACAGCGCCAUAGCAUUUGGCAGAUUCUCGGCGGAUGGUCUGGACGAGAUGGAUGAUAUGGUGAAGAUGGCCGUCGACCUCCCCGCUCCGUCGGACGAAGUCAAAUCAGAUACCCACGCCGCAAGCGCUCCCGUCAACCUCCAAGUUGGCACGAAAGCGCUCGACAGCUUCCGCGAGUCGAUCCAAAAUUCCAUCAUCUAUGAGCGAGGGUGGUUCAAAAGUGGUUUGCCAACGCUGUCGGAGUGGUUAGUCCAAGACCUUCAGGCCACAGACGCUAUCAAGCCCCCGAUGAAGACGCUUGUAGCUUCUAUAGCCGACGAUGUAGAAGCGAGCAUCACCAAACAAGACGCUGCUCGAUUGCAACAGCUUGCUCCGGUCCAGACACAAUCAGACGUCACAACCUCCAUCGUCGGUCAUCUCGAGACCUGGGCUGAGAAGUCUCAUGCGGAGCUCCGUGACGAGCUUGAUGAAGCCUUUACGGCUCGAAACUGGCACAAGUUGGCUUGGUGGAAGCUCCUCUGGCGUGUCGACGACGUCACGAUGAUAAGCUCAGAGAUCCUCGAGCGGCGAUGGCUCGUCUCAGCGGAGAAGAACAGCAUCUACCUCGCCGGUCGUAUGAACCAAGCUGGUUUCCCAGAUGACGUUCAACACCUCGCCGUUGCCGACAUCCCGGAAGUGACAACGCAGGACACGGCGCCGACAGCAGAGAACCCGCGAACAGAUCUGUCCACUAACGUCCGGAAACCAAUACCAUGGCCCGAACACAUCGCGGCUGCUCGCACAGAACUCAUCAAUGACACCGUGCCACCUCUCCAGGCACUCGCUCAGCGACUUCUCCUACAGACCUUCAGCACAACAUCCCUCUCGACCGCUGCCUCCGCACUACUCUACGUCUCCAUGUCUACCUUCUCAGUCUUCGAGGCUUCAGCCGUCGCGGCACUCGGUCUUACGUUUUCUCUUCGCCGCACGCAGAAACUAUGGGAAGGUGCCAGAGAAUCAUGGGAGGGUACACUGAGGGAAGAAGGUAGACGCACGUUGAAGGGUACAGAGGAGAGAGUUAGAUUCAUCAUCAAGAAUGGAGGCAAGGAGUACGUUGAGGAUGAAAGCGUAGCUGAGAGGAGGACAGCGAGGGAAGCUGUAGGAAAGGUCAGGGAGGCACUUGAGCGGAUGGACGGUGGAGAUGGCAAGGGCAGUGUAUGA